GCCGCGGCUAUUCUGACGUAGCUAGCUAUAUAUCGGUUGCUCUCCUGUCGCCCGAGGUGCAGCAACCUCCUACAUAGAACAUACGAUUGAAAUAAUUGAAAUAAUUGAGAUAUUGUAUCAAUCGAUAUUCUGACCGCAAUUAAUAAAACAAUAAAAAGGGAAGUCACAAUGACUACCGUCGAGGCUCAACUCCAAGGAGUGUCUAUCCUGGGCACUGUCAACAGCGAGCACCGCAAGAUCCUCACCAAGGAAGCCGUCGCCUUCCUGGCCCUCUUGCACCGCACUUUCAACGACAGACGCAAGGCGCUGCUCGAGCGACGAAAGACUCGCCAGGCCGAGAUCGAUCGCGGCCAGCUGCUGGACUUCUUGCCAGAGACCAAGCAUAUCCGAGAAAAUGACGCCUGGAAGGGUGCCCCCCCUGCCCCCGGUUUGGUCGAUCGUCGUGUGGAAAUCACUGGCCCAACCGACCGCAAGAUGGUUGUCAAUGCCUUGAACUCGGAUGUCUUCACUUACAUGGCCGAUUUCGAAGAUUCAUCGGCCCCAACAUGGGAGAACAUGAUCAACGGCCAGGUCAACCUGUAUGACGCUAUCCGCCGUCAAGUCGACUUCAAGCAGGGCAACAAAGAGUACAAGCUGCGCACCGACCGAACCCUGCCCACCCUGAUCGCCCGCGCCCGAGGCUGGCAUCUUGAGGAGAAGCACUUCACCGUUGACGGCGAGCCCAUUUCCGGCUCUCUGUUCGACUUUGGCCUCUACUUCUUCCACAACGCCCGCGAACUCAUCAGCCGUGGCACCGGCCCGUACUUCUACCUCCCCAAGAUGGAGUCUCACCUCGAGGCCCGUCUCUGGAACGACGCCUUCAACCUCGGCCAGGACUACAUCGGUCUCCCCCGCGGCACCAUCCGCGCCACAGUCCUGAUUGAGACCAUCAAUGCUGCCUUUGAAAUGGACGAGAUCAUCUAUGAGCUCCGCGAUCACAGCUCCGGUCUCAACUGCGGUCGCUGGGACUACAUCUUCUCCUUCAUCAAGAAGUUCCGCCAGAACCCCAACUUUGUCCUCCCUGACCGCUCAGCUGUUACCAUGACCGUUCCCUUCAUGGACGCCUAUGUCCGUCUUCUCAUCAAGACCUGCCAUCGCCGCGGCGUCCACGCUAUGGGCGGUAUGGCCGCUCAGAUCCCCAUCAAGGACGACCCCAAGGCCAACGACGUCGCCAUGGAGAACGUGCGCAAGGACAAGCUCCGCGAAGUGCGUGCCGGCCACGACGGCACCUGGGUCGCUCACCCGGCUCUUGCUAGCAUUGCUCUUGAUGUCUUCAACAAGUACAUGCCCACGCCCAACCAGUUAUUCAACCGUCGCGAAGACGUGCACGUCACCGCCAACGACCUCUUGAACACCAACGUUCCGGGCUCCAUCACCGAAGAAGGCAUCCGCAAGAACCUCAACAUUGGACUGGGCUAUAUGGAGGGAUGGCUGCGCGGAGUCGGCUGCAUUCCUAUCAACUACCUGAUGGAGGACGCCGCUACGGCCGAAGUGUCCCGCAGCCAGCUGUGGCAAUGGGUCAAACACAACGUGACGACGGCAGAGGGCAAGCGCAUCGACAAGGCGUAUGCGCUGCGCCUGUUGCAAGAACAAACCGAGUCGCUGGCGCAAAAGGCUCCGAAGGGCAACAAAUACCAGCUGGCAGCGCGAUACUUUGCCACCCAGGUCACUGGCGAGGACUACGCCGAUUUCUUGACGUCGUUGCUGUACAACGAAAUUUCGGCGCCGGGCACUGCUGCCAAGUUGUAAACAAAAUUAUAUUCUUUGCUGAUGCAUACAUAUCAUGUCUGAUGUCUGUUUUGACGAUGGAAUCUGUAUAUUCAUGUUGCUAGCCGGGUAGUUCUUUACAUGUCAAUUAUUAGGAGUUGGGUUCAUAUUUUUUUUUUACUCUAGUAAAUGUAUUCCGCAAAAGUCCGUAGCCAUCUUGCCGAUCAAUUCGAUCAUUGUCACCUGGUAGUAUCUGAGCCCCACAUACAUAUGAAAGGUGUGGUGAGGUAUAGAAAUCAAUUGAUU